AUGUUUUCCCUUAUCAAGCGAUUUCAUCACAAGACGCAUAAAUGCAUACACAGAUACAACCAGCCAAAAACUGCUCAGGACGGUAAAGACAUGUCCUCUUCAGGAUUUGCGGCGCGCGCUCAAGGAGCUGGCGAUCGUAACGCAAACGCUGGUGGAGCCGCAGCAGGUGAAGGUACUGGUGGUGGAAAUGCCGGUCAAACUGGAACAGACAAGAAGUAG